GCCGUGUUGUUGCUGGUGCCGCCCGUGCUGGUGGCGACGAGUACUUCCAGGGCGUGGCGCGUCAGGCGGAGUGCCAGUCUGGCCAGCGGCCGAUCGCCCACGAUCGCCCCGGCGGUGAGCUGAUGCCGAUCACGCACUUCUUCGGAGGUAGCUUCCCGCCUGAGCUUGGCGUGAGGCUGCGGGGCGAGAAGCCGCUGACGGCCGCGAUGACAGGCCUGCCCAGGCAUUCGGAGGCAGUCGGAGGCGCUGCCACCCCCGUGCUCGAGGACGAGGAUGAGCCUGCUGAUGCGUCGCUGCCUUUGUUGUCUGGACACGCGUGGGUGCUGGAGUCGACGGCCCCCUCGGCCAUCGGCAGUGAAGUGGACAUCUGCAGAGCUCCGCUCGUUGUGGCGUCGGAGUCGGCGGGCCUCGUCCUCCUGGAAGGAAGCCGCGCCCGAGCGAUCCGUCUGCUGGUCGGGGACGUGCCCACGUACGUCUCAUCGCGGGCCUCCGAGCUCCGCCGGCGACCAAGCACGGGCCACGAGGACGCGGAGGUGGACCUGUGUAAGCGGUUUGGCCGACCGCCCCUGUCUCCGCCCAGGAAGCAGGCUCGGGCCGAGGAGGCGCACUCGCCGAUCAGGAGCAAAGGCGUCAGGCUGCUCGCCGUGGGCUUCGACGGCCAGGACGAGCGCUUCAAGCCCUUGCGCGAGACGGUCCACGAGGACACCCAGGAAGGUUUCCGCGACCAGCCAAUGGAUGCCCCUCCGAGGCUCACCACGUGCAGGAGCAGGCAGCUGACGGGCGGUGAUCCGUUUUUGUGGCUCAGAGAGUACCUACGUGAGGAUGCGCUCUCUAACGCGGACCACGUGGCACAUGUGCUUCGCCGCAUCUGCGAGUCUGUGUACAUGGCGGGCUGCUAUGACCAGGUGAACCUGGGCGGGCCGAUAGCGCUGGAGGAGCUCUUCAAGCGGCUCGCAGGUAUCGUGGCCGCGCGCGCCAACCCGCAGCGGGUGCAGUGGGAGGUGGCGAAGCACUACACCGGCGCGCAGUCGGCCGAAGUCGCGGCAAGCCCGGCGCUGCGGGCGCAUGAGGCGCGCAGGAUGCGCGAGGAGCGCGAAGGUUGCCUUGACAUGGUGAACGGCGCGCUGAAGGCGCUGAACUGGAUGGCAGGCAGCGUGGAAUUUGUCUGGGCCGAUCGCGGCCCCGAUGUCCUGCCCGACGAUGCGCAGGCAGACGCCCGGCGGAGGGCGCGCGAGUUGGCGGACAGCUGGCACCCGCGCCCUUCGCAGCUCAGCGACGAGGCGGCUCUCAAGAAGCUGCUUCAGGGGUGCCCGCUGAUCGCGGGCGUGACGCCCUCUGAGAUCAUCGGAUUUCUGGAGGACUAUCGUGGGCGCGUGCUAGCACCGCCAGUUGAUGCGUGUGAGACUGUUCCCUACUUCGACCCCAAGUUCAGAUUCAACCAGAAGGAAUAUCACCGGCUUCUCCGUCGCCUGGCAGACGUCGGCAUUGCGUCGUGGACGUCCAUUCCGACGUGCCAGGCGGGUCUCUUCACGGCGGAGAAGGACGGCGGCGCAGCUCAGGGGCUCAUCGUAGAUGCCAGGCGGGCCAACGAGCGCUUCCUGGUUCGACCCGGCGUCUCGCCCAUGAGCUCGGAGGGUUUUUCUCGCGUAGAGAUAGAGCUGCCCGCCGACGCGCCGCUGGGCUCCGAGCGCGCCGCCGAGCUGCUGAGCGACUUCUAUCCGUCGAUCGGGCUCCCGGACGUCUCGAACUGCUUCCACGGGCAUCGUGUCGCCCUCUUCGCCUGGAGCCCCCCCGCGCGAUGGCAGGCCGCCGCUGACUACGCGUGCGUAGACGACCUCGGGGACGUCGGGGUCUGCGAGCAGGCGGUCGGCGCGGCGCUCCAGCAGUUGGAGGAGGCCUUCAACCGCGAGGAUGUGCUGCUGCAUAAGUCCGAGCUCUCGCGCGCUGGCAUCGUCGCGCUGGGCGCGGAGCUGGACGGCGCCGCCCUGCGGGCGCGGGUCACGCCCAACUGCUUCUGGGGCAUCCAUGGGGCGCUGGGGGCGCUGCUGCGGCGCCGGCGGGCUAGUGCCUGGUCGCUGGAGGUCGUCCUCGGCCACUGCGCGCUCGCCACCCUGUGCUGCCGCGGGCUGCUCAGCAUCUCCCACUCGGUCUACGCGUUCGCGGAGCGAGGCCGCGCUUCGGGCAGGGUGGAGCCGCUGCGGGGCGAGCGCCGCGCGGAGCUACGCGUCUUCAGGUCGCUCAUGGUCUUCAUGAUGAGCGACUGGCUGCGCGGCUGGAACGAGCUGGCGGAGCAGACCGGCAGCAGUCUCGAGGGGCACGCCGCGGCGCAGGCGCUCUGGCCCAUGCAGGCCGUGAGAGAGGUGGGGCGCACCUCUGAGCGCCAGCGGUUCCGCCGCGUUGGCUCCCAUCGGGCCCGAGAGAGCGCCCUCGCGGGCUUCAGUCGGCAGGCGGUCGGCAGCUGGUCAGUUGCGAUCGCCGUGGCGCUCGAGGGAGCGUUGCAGGCUGCAGAACAACGGGUGCAGGCUGCAGAGGAGCGCGCCCUGGCGGCGGAGUCAGCAGCAGCGAGCGCAGGCGCCGCCGUGAACAGGCCCGUGGCAGCGGCGAGGGCCGCGCCUCAGGAUCUGGUGGACACUCGGCUUCUGGCGAAGCCGAAGGCGUUCGGAGGCAGCGAGGACGAGUGGCCAGGGUGGAGCUUCAAGAUGCUCGCGUACCUCGGGGCCCUCGACGAGCAGAUGGCCAACGAGCUGACAGCAGCCAUGACGUUCCCGCUGGAGGAGGUGAGGAACGCGAGACUCCUGGAGGAGGGAGCGAGUCAGCGCAGUCGCCAGCUGUACUUCAUCCUCGUCCUGCUGCUGGAAGGAGCCGCGCUGCAGCUCAUCAAGCCAGUCGGCGUCGGAGAAGGUUAUCGGGCGUGGAGGACGUUGCAAGACAUGUACGAGCCCGACCGACCAGGUCGCCAUGCAGGACUGCUGCAAGAGCUGAUCGCGUUCCAGUUCCCAGAGGACAACAUCGUGGGGAUGCUGGCGGACUUCGACUUCAAAGUCACGAAGUACGAGAGCCAGAGCCACGAGAGGAUUGGGGACAGGAUCAAGAUGGCGAUCCUCCAGAGGGGGAUUCAGGACGAGGCUCUUCGAGCGCAUCUGGUCCACAAUGCGUCGAGGCUAGUCACGUGGGAGCUCAUGCGCAACGAAGUGCACAUGGUGAUCUCGACGAGGAGCGCCAUCGCAGCAGUGCCGCCACCAGUUCCGAUGGACACGAGCGCGGUGGAGAAGGCGAGGCGCGAGGCGGCGUCGAAGGGCAAAGGAAAGAAGGGCAAGGACGGCAAGGGCAGGAAGGGCAAGGGCGGCGACAACUCCACGGACCAGAAGAGCCAGGCGGCCAAAGACAGGGCCGAGAGACGAUGCUUCCACUGCCACAAGACAGGUCACGUCAAGAGCGAGUGCAGGAAGUUCCUCGCAGAGCAGAAGAAGAAGAAGGGCACCAACGCAGUCGAGCAGGAGUCGAAGCCGACGGGAGCUCCACCAGCGGCGAGCGCCGCGGGGAGCGCGGCGCCAGUGAUGGCGAUCGCAACCGAAAGCGGGGCAGAGCCAUUGUGGUGCCUCGCGAUCGAGCUGGGAGAGCUGGGCAGCCCGAUCGAGCAGCUGAGCCAGCCAGAGGCGUCAAGCGAGCACGCGCAGCCGAGGCAGCCAUUCUUGGUCGGGGCCAGUCCGAUCGAGCAGCUGAGCCAGCCAGGGGCAGCAAACGAGCACGAGACGUUCGAGAGCAAGGAGAUCGUCGGUAUCAAUGAGCACUGGGUCAUGGUGGAUUCGGGUGCUGCACGAUCGGUGUGUCCGCCGAGUCACGGGGCCCACGAGACGCUCAGAGACCUGAGCGAGCGCAUCAGGCUGGUCGGAGCGAGCGGCGACGACAUCCCGUGCCACGGCGAGCGCUUCGUCACGUACACGAAGGGCGGGCACAAGAUCGGGGUGGACUACAAGGUUGCCGACGUCAAGAGGCCAGUGCUGGGCGUGUCGCAGGCGGUCGACAAGGGUACGUCGUGGGUAUUCACGCCGAGCGGGAGCUACAUGAUCCCGAAGCCGAUCGAGUUCUCGGACCCAGACGCCGUGCCGCUGGUCAGGCGCAACGACCUGUUCUACCUCAAGAUGGACAGGUACGGUGAAGGCGUCAAGAACUCGCUCGUCAUGCCGGCCGAGGCGAGCGAGCCAGCAGCGCAGGCAGAGCUCGAGGAGUCCGUGCCAGUCCGAGUCAAGAAGGAUCCAGUGAAGCCAAGUUUGGCCGAGCAGAGGACGCACGAGCUGGUGCACAUCCCUGCGAGGUCCUGGUGCUGGGUGUGCGUCAGAUCCAAGUUCACGGACGACCCACACUACAAGGCUGGGCACGAGCGCACGGGCGACGAGGUCCAGAUCGACUACUACUUCCUGGGCCAGCUGAGCAUCCUCAACAUGGUGCACAUGAACUCCCAGGCUAUUCAUGGCAUCAUGGGGCCGAAGGGUACCGACGCCUACAUGAUCAAGACAGCGGUCGCCACCAUCGAGAACUGGGGGCUGGAUCGCAUCGUGCUGAAGCACGACCAGGAGGCGUCGAUCACGGCCCUGGCGAGGGAGAUCAAGGCUCAGAGGAAGGCGCCCACGAUGAUCGAGUCGGCUCAGCGGGCUAACCAUCAGGGAGUUGGUGGAGUGGAGCGCGCCAACGAGGAGCUCGGCAAGCAGAUCAGGGCGCUGCUGUUCUCGGUGGGCGACAACUACAAGCGGGAGCUCCCAGCCGAGCAUGGGCUUCUACCUUGGCUCAUUCGGCACGCUGGCUGGCAGCUCAACCGCUUCACGAUGCACGGCAACGGCAAGACGACCUACGAGGUGCUCAAGGGGAGGCCGUAUCGGGGCGAGCUCGUCAACUUCGCGGAGUGCGUUUGGGCGAGGGACCCCACGCCGACCUCCAAGCUGCAGCCUCGGUGGCACGCGGCGGUGUGGCUGGGCAAGACAGAGGUCUCGGACGAGCACCUGGUGGCGGGUCCGACGCGCACGACAAGGGUACGCACGGUGAGACGGCGGCCGGAGGGUGAGCGGUUCGUGCUGGAGGAGCUGGACAAGUUCGCUGGGGUGCCGUGGGACAUGCACCGAGCUCCACAGAUCGGCAUUGUGCCGACGGGAGCGCCCCAGGUGGAGCCGAACCAGCAGCGGCUGCUGCCGCCACCUCCGCCACCGCCAGUGGUCUUGCCAGCCGCGGGCCCGGAGGCGCUGGUGCCACCAGCGAUGGUCGGGCCGGCGCCGCCCACGGGGCCAGGAGGCGCAGGGCUGAGGUCGACGUACAUCACGAGAGCGCUGAUCGACAAGUACGGCUGGACCCCCAUGUGCCCGAGGUGCGUCACAGGCAUGGGAUCGCACAGCGAGGAGUGCCGGAAGAGGAUCGAGAACGAGCUGCGCAAGGAGGAAAUGGCCAGGGCAGCGGCGGAGGCCGCGCCCUCGUCGGCAGCGGCGGGGGCUGCGCCGACGCCGGCGGCGGCUGGAGCCGCGCCGGGGCCAGCGGCUGGAGCUGGAGACGGCAGGCCAGGAUCGUCCGGGGAUGCCAGCAUGGCACCUCGCGAUGACCAGGGCGAGGCUUCGGCGAAGAGGCCGCGCCAGACAGCGGCGAUCACAGUCGGGUCGCUCGCGGUCGGGGCCUUCGUGGAGAUCAACCCCUGCACGUACGAGGGCCUAGACCAGCAGUCUCACGAGGAGCUCGAGACGGUCACGGAGAUCGAGAGCUGCGAGCCGCUGGAGAUCGGGAUGUUCGAGGUCAGCCCCGUCGAGCCAGCGGCGAUCACGGUCCUGCCAGACGCGGAGAAGCACGUGUACGACGCGAGGAGCGGGAAGGAGCUCCCCAGGGACCUGGUCAGGCGCGGACGCGAGGCCGAGAUCGAGGAGAUGCGGCGACACGGCGUCUUCGAGGAGGUCCGCGUGGCCGAGAGUCGGGGCAAGGUGGUGCGUUUCAAGUGGGUCGAGGACCUGCGCACCAAGGCCAUGUACGGCACGCGCAAGGCGGCACAGGCUUGGCAGGAGUACGUGGCCGGGGUGUUCAAGAAGAACAACUGGACGCGCAUCGCGGUGGCGGCGGGCGUGUACCACGAGCCUCUCUUGGACAUGACCUCGGCGAUCCACGGUGACGACAUCCUGACCGAGGGCGAGGAGGAGUCCCUGGAUGUCCUGGACCAGCAGCUGAUGGCGAGCAUGGACGUCAAGUGCAUCGGUCGUGUCGGGCCGGAUGGCGUCCGCGAGCUCCCGUACCUCAAGCGCAAGAUCAGGUGGACGGGCAAGGGAUUCGUCUGGAUCGGCGACACGAAGCACGUGACGAGAUGCGUGGAGCUGCUGGGCCUUACGGAGUGCAAGCCAGCGGACACGCCUGGGAGCAAGGCCACGGGCAAGAGCGUCCGGGAGGCGCUGGACCCACUUCCACACGACGAGGCGAAGCUCUACCAGCAGGUCGCGGGGCUCGUCAACUACGUGGCGGUAGACAGGCCAGACAUCCAGUUCGCAGUGAAGGUGAUCCUCACGGACAUGGGGAAGCCCACAGUCAUCAGCAUGCUUAGGCUGAGGCGGUGUGUGCGGUAUCUCCACGGUCGGCGCGAGCUCGGGUGGUUCUACGAGAAGCAGGAGAUGCCGAAGGAGGUUCUCUACGAGACGGGCUCGGACUGGGCAGAGGAUGAGAUCACUAGGAAAUCGACCAGCUCCGUGUAUGGCUUCUUCGGCAGCCACCUCCUGGAGACCCAGGUGGCAUCGCAGCCCGUCGUCGCGCUCAGCAGCGGAGAGGCCGAGUUCUAUGCCGUCGGCCGAGGCGCGGCGAGUGCGAUCAUGAUGCGGCAGUUCUAUCAGCAGUGUGGCAUCGAGGUCGCGUCGAAGGUUCACAGCGACUCGAAUGCAGGCAGGGCGAUCGCGACACGGAUUGGCAGUGGCAAGGUACGGCAUCUACAGAUACGGGACCUGUGGGUGCAGGAACGAGUCAGGCUCGGCGAGUUGCAGCUCGGGCGAGUCGACACGGAGAGCAACAGGAGCGACUUGGGGACCAAGCAUCUGGACGGCAAGCGGGUGCUCAAGUUGCUGGAGAUGUCCAACCUGCGGCUUCUGACCAAGGGGCUCGCCGCAGGUGUGGGCGUCACUUUCGCGGAGGCGGCCGAGCAUGGAGACAAGCAGUGCUCUGCAGCCGCCGACGACGAGGUCGAGUCGAACAUCGGCUCGAUCGUUCUCGCCGUGAUCAUGUUCAUCGUCGUGCUGGUGCUCAUGGUCAAGGGCGCAGUUGUGUGCACGAGAGGGGCGGUGCAGCUCUUCUCAUCGAGGGCGGCGAGUGCUGCCCCACCAGCGGGAGCGGCGAGGGCUGCCCCGCAGGCCGACGGCACGGCGAGGCCCGAGGCGGCGUCGAAGGACGCGCCUGAGGGGCAUGUCGUUUCUCGGGCAGCGGCGAUAGCUGCGCCUGAGCAGGUCGCCGAAGGGCGAGACCUCGGUACGGAGUACCUCGGGAAGAUGCUGGCUGAGGCCACCGUGGCAGAGCUCAAGGAGGAGCUCAGGUGGCGGAAGCUGCCAGUGAGCGGCUUGAAGGCGGACCUCAUCGUCCGUCUGACGAGGGACGGCGGCCAGCACAUGGCCAGCAGUGAGGGGCUGGCUGCAGCGGCGUGGGCCGCGCGGCUGGUUCCAGGCAGAGUGCCCAUCCGAGCGUUCCGCUCGGACGCUAGCCUAGGCGCGCACCUAGGGGCGACCCUGCGGCCCCAGGGCGCCCAGCUAGCCCUGCGCGAGAGGCUGGGCUGCAGGCGCCAGGGGGCGCGCCUUCCCGAGAGCGAGUGGCUGCUGAGGCGCGAGCCCGAGGUGGCCGACGUCGGCGAGAGCAGCAACGCCGAAGACGAGGCGAGGCCCGGGCCCGGGGCCGCGCGGAGAGCCGUCCUGCGGCGCACGGGCCACCAGGGGAGGCGCAAGUUCCUGGACGUCGCCCUCGCUACCGCCGCGAUCGGAGUCAGCUGCUUCCUCGAGGAGAGCUCGGCGACGCCGAGGGUGCUGGAGCGAUGCCAGGCCGAAGUGGCCGGCUUCGCAGAUUUCGCCGAGGGCCGUCCGCCUGUGCGCGACGAGCAGGUCGACGGCGUGCUGGUGGACUACUUCAACUUCCUGUUUUUCAAGGGCUGGGGCGCAAACAAGAGCGGGCUGAUUCUGGCUGGUUUGAUUUGUCUGGCGCCGGAGUUCUCGCGGGCUGGCCGCCGCCAGCCCCCCGGGCUGACGGAGCGCGGCUUCCUGCAGAUGGCGGUCUUCCUCCUGGUCUCGCUCAGCAGCUACCUGAGGCCGAACGAGCUGAUGGGUCUCAAGCGCCGUGGUUUCACUGCUCCUGCGGCUGGGACCUCCCAGUUCUGGAGCCCGUUGCCCUUCGCGAUGGAUUCGCCGCGCCUCCAGCUCCUGGGGCCCGUCCUGAAGGCGCUGGCCAGCGGGCCCAGGGAGGUCAUCGUGCCGUGCCAGGCGCGGCACCCGGGCCCAUCGAUCGACAUCGCGCGUCGGUGUCGGACGGUGUUGGAGGCGCAGCGCCGUGGCCAAUGUGCGAGCGUGAAGAGCGUCCAGCGGUUCGAAAAGUGGGCUCGACUGGGAGAGAGUUGGGAGGUGCUCCCCGCCGGCCUGCGCCGGCUGCUCGAGGCCUGCGAAGGAGCGCUCGAGGACAUAUUCCUGGCCGGUCGCUACGUCCUCGACCUCUACUCAGGCAAAGGAGGUGUCGCUCGGGCAGCGAUCCAGCAGGGUUGCAACGCUCGCGCGUACGAUCGGGCCCGCGGGCCCGAAGAGGACCUGACAGACCCGAGGGUGCUGGGCCGCUUGGCCGCGUCUAUCAGGCGCAGAGAAGUGCUGGGAGCGGUGAUGGGCCCUCCGUGCGAUGCCUGGGGGGGGGCCGCGGACCGCGGGCGCGAUGGCCCCAUUCGCUCGAAGCUAGAGCCGUGGGGACUACCCGAGGCGUCGCUCACGCAGCGGCGGCGUGAGAGGUUGAGGCGCGGGAACAGUGUCUUUCGAUGUGCUUUGCAGUUGCUUCGCGUGCUCUUUCGCUGCUCCGUCCCCGCCAUAUUGAGCACCCCGUCAAUCCCUAGGAUUUGGCUCACUCCCGAGCUCCUAGAGGCCAUCCGCGUGUUCAGCGGCCACACUCGAGUCUUUGAUCAGUGCCAGUUCGGUCGUAGUUGGCGCAAGCGCACUAAGCUUACUUUCUUCUUUAUAGACGCAGCAGACACAGUAAUGUGGCGCAGGUGUGCGCAGGUGCAGGGGUGGCGCAG